CAAGUGAGUAGACGGCUCUCCAAGUUGUGCAGGUGUGUGGUGCUGCCUGUAGAGGGCACUGUGUUACUCUGUGCACAGCGGGAUAAGCUGACUGUCUCUGUCUCCUCCCAUGCUUCUUCACUUCGAGGACCGACCGGCUCCAGUCUCCGGCUUCAGACAGCGUCUCAUCGUGUCUCUGAGAUGAACUUCUAACGUUAAUGUUAGGGAAAGUGAGACAACCGGAUAUUCCCGUGUUACAGAGGAACUCAUUUGCUGAAGUAAAGGCAGCGCAGCCUGAUUUGGGCCAGCCGAUGUGUCUCUGUAGCCCGGUGUGUUAUCUGUCAUGGAUCUGCUUUUCAUAAUAACUUAGGCGUCCUAGAAGACUCUCUGAUUAUUAGGACAACAUUAGAGACAGAGCAGAAAUGGACGGAGUGAACGUGAGCCAGCUGUCCGACGAGGAGCUGCUGAUGCUGGGGAAGGAGGAUCUGAUUCGGAGGCUGAGGUGGCUGGAGAGCCGCAACAUGGACCUGAUGCUAGAGCAUGGAAACAUGAUGAAGGACGUGAACCGGAGCCUGCAGGUCCAUCUCCACGAGAUCCGAAGUCUCAAAGAGGUCAACCAGAAACUGCAGGACGACAACCAGGAGCUCCGGGAGCUGUGCUGCUUUCUGGACGAUGACCGACAGAAGGGGAAGAAGGUGUCCCGGGAGUGGCAGCGGUUCGGCCGCUACACAGCCAGCGUCCUGUGGAAAGAUGUCGGUCUGUACCAGCAGAAGCUGACGGAGCUGGAGAGCAGUCAGGAGGCGCUGAGGACGGAGAAUAUGGAGCUGAAGGAAAUCGUCCUCAUGUUGGAUGAGGACAGGAGCGGAGCCGGCUCCCGGAGCUCCAUCGACAGCCAGUCCAGCCUGAGCAACCUCAACUGCUCGGUGCCGGUUCGGGACGUCGGGGAUGGCAGUAGUACAUCCAGCACUGGAAGCGCCGGCAGUCCUGAUCACCAUCACAACCACUUACACAAAGCAUCCGAGGGAAAGAUAUCAUCUCUGAGGAGGUCUAUGGACGACCUGUCCGCCCCUCACUUCCAAAGAGGAGAUGGAAUCAGUGAUGCAUUAGCCAGCUACAUCAGACAGCUGGAGAACAAGAUGAGAGUACUGGAAGAAGAAAACCAACAGCUGCUGUCACAGAUGAAUGAAGGGGAAGGAAAUACACUGGGGAAGGGUUUGUCUCUUUAUCAUUCAGAAACUCAGCUCUCACAAUUCCAGGACAAUGUAAACAAUGGUGCUGCUCAAUCCCCCAGCAGUGAACCGUCCUCCACAGGGCUCUACCCCCCGCCAAAACAGAAACCAGAAGCUAUAGUCCAUGCAAUGAAGGUGUUGGAGGUCCAUGAGAAGCUGGACAGGCAGCGCACACAGGAAUAUGAUGAAGAUCUUAACGAGAAAGAGAAGGCCAUUGUCAGAGAGAUGUGCAAUGUGGUUUGGAGAAAGCUGGGUGACGCUGCUGGAUCCAAGCCUUCCAUCCGACAGCAGCUUUCAGGCAACCACUUUAAAGGCCCUUUAUAGUUGUCAGCUACCAAGUGAAGCCACCAGUGGUCCCAAAACCCCUACACUACUUCUUUGGAUUGGAAGCUUUUCAGCACAGUGUUUUGUCUCUUGGCUGCCAAACUACAGCCUGCUUAGCUUGAACCAGACUGAGUCAUAAUGGAUAUUCAGCUCAGUACCAGGACACACUUAAAUGGCAACACUGAAAGACUGGCAACCUGGGUUACAGACAUGGACUGUAUGGAGCCUUUAAAGCCUUCAGCUUCUUGGAGGCGGAAAAUCCAAAUGUGAGAAAUGUGACCGAGGUCUGGUUGUAACUCAAACGCAAGUGGCAGUCACCAUGGCUUAGUGUGAUAGGCUGAGACAUUGGCCAAUCAGACAAACACAACAGAAACUCUCCCUUUAAGCCUUAAUAUCUCCAAAAUGGCUCAAUAAUGUGCAAGAUGACAGCAUUGAUAUGGGACAUAUAUAUAUAAAUUAGUGUAGGAAAAUGUUGCUCUGUGUUUGAAGAGAGAUGUUGGAUGUUUUCCAAAUUGACUUCAAAGUUUCAAGUGGUUACUGAACGCUCAAGGCAUGUCUUUGCUUCUCCACUCAGCUGUGGUGGCUUCUACAGAGAAAAAAAAGCACCAAAUAGCAGUCCCUCCAGAAAAUCGCAAUCUUGCAAUCACAAUAAUUAACGCAAAUUCAACGGAAGUCCACAAUAUUUGCAGGGGCUUGCAAUUUUUAAAAAGUCCAGUGAUUUUUCCGCGUUUUUCUGCAUUUUCAGUCAUCAGACGCGUCAUCAAAUGCGCUAAUGGCAUUGCAGUAUGGAGAAACGCUUUGUAUUGACAUAAGAAUUUGCACUGUUUAAAUGCAUACAAUAUGUGUUGAAUUCAUUAAAAUGUUAUGUUUACAGAAGACGUACAUGUAAAUAUUGAGUAUUGAAACUAAUUAAAUAAAACUGAAGAAGAGAACUAUAAAAACAUUUGCAGCUAUUUUUGUAAUAUUCAGUAUGAUUAUUAUAGCAAGUGAUUACAUGGCUUAUUUUUUGGAGGUAGUCAUUUAAAAAAAGAAUCACAUUCUUUCUCUUUCUCCAUUUGCCGCAAUUUCCCGCAAAAAAUCACAUAAAAAUGCUGCAACUUUUAUCACAAUUUUUGACAAAAUUUGCUGCAAAUUCAAGGUUCUUUUGCUGCGAGAUCCUGGAGGGACUGAAAUAGCAGUGCUUUGUGCUGGAAGGGUGCACUCCAGUAGCCACGCAUUCACACAGCCACCCAUCAGCUCUGUAGGAACCUCUGUUUAUGUCUUGAUGAACAAAAGGAAGCUAUGUAUUUCAAUAGUUCAUGCGCUUUUAUUCUGUUUUGACUUAUUGAUCGUGUUUACAGUGUGGAUGUACAGGAAGAAUUCAAAAAGUCUAUGAAGGACUCAGGUUAAUGUGUUCAUGUCAGAGCCAUGAACCACAGAAACUGUCCACCAUUUGAGUCACAGCUUUAAAGUUUAUCUAUUGAUCAGCCUGUUGGAGGAUCACAUGCAAGUUAUCUUAUGAACUGAAGAUGAACCAAAGUUUAUCAUCUUCUUUUAAUGCUUAUUUUUAAAACAGCAUUUUUAAACACUGCUGGCUCUUGUUUCAAACCUUUUGUACAUAAAUAUAAUCAAAGUCAAGAAUAGACAACUAAAAAUCCCUACAAAUGAAGCAAUAAAUAAUCCUAUUUUGGGGAAUGCCACAAAGACACACAAGGACAAAAAAUGUUAAUAUUUUCAGGAGUUCACUGAAACAGUUAACUUUCCUUAUUUUUUAUACUUAAACCAUAGAACACUUAAGUGUUUUUUUAAGUUUUGUCAGCAGAAGUCAGUGAUCCAAUGAAACACUCUUGAUUCAAAUUUAUUUGAAUUGAUUCAUAGAAUUAGCAGAUGAACAGAUAAACAAACCACUGACUGUACAAAUCACCUGCAAUUUUUUUUAAUUAUGUCAUGAAAACUAGCAGCAGUUGUGUGUUUUGGUGGAUUUGGCCGGCAGCAGCUUUAUAGCAUGCUUGGCCUACAUACUGAACACACAGGAAAACUGCUACCAGCACAGGAAUUUGAUCAAACAGUGGAUUUUGCACUCAAUCGGAGCUGGUUUCACUUCAGACUAUUGUGAGAUGCUUAAGAGACUUUCUGGGUAAAAUGCUUGUGCUGUUGAAAUCACAGUAAGAUGAGUGGGUUGAUACCAACCUUGUAUCUGUUUGUCAGUGCAGACAUAGGACCAGGAUAUCCUAUAAUCUGGGUUUUGUUCAGGGUUAUUGUGCAAAUCAGAGUGUGUACCAUGAAGUGAGAUUAGUGACUCAGCAAGGUAUGUUGAGUCUCAAGCAAGAGUUUUCCAUGUCACGAAGGUGGAUCUCAUUUAACCUGGCUAGAUCGCCAUGGUAACUCGUGCUGCAUGGCUAACCUGGUCAGGACCAGUUUUGUUCUGAGUUUAGUCUCAGCUUUGUCACUAAUCAGCUCCUUUGGAAAUUGCAACACUCUAUAGUCAAGAGACAGUCUAUGAGUGAUGCAGUUUCUCAGCUGAGGGAACACAUCAUAAAUGCAAACUUGUUGAGCUGUAAGGUUACAUUAGUAGCCUGAAGAAGAAAGUCUGGGUAACACAGAAAGUUGAUAACCACCAUUGCAGUAUCCGAAAUCUGUGAUUGUGGCUUUAGGGUUUGCCGAGCUAGCUAAGACAAAGAAAGCCUGGCUCUGUUGAACUUGCUUGGUGGUACAGCUCACUCAACCUCACUAUGAGAGUAAGUCAGUGCAUGCUGCACCCAUCUUGAUGGAGGAGGAGCAAAAUGUUCCUUCUUUUUUGGUGAUAAGCUAGGCAAAAUGCAACCCUGGGCCCAGUUGUUAAGAAGUAAUCUGAUGGGAUUUUGGCUAAGGGAUUGGAUCAAAUCUUGAAAACAGAUGGUUUAAAAGAAGAAAGAAUUCUGAAAUCAGAUUAGAUCACGUUAUCCAGUCUUGGUUGUGAUUUGUAACAAAUUUUCAGUAUGUGUUGUUCAAAACAUUUUAGUAGGAUUGGAGUACCUUUGAAAAAAAGGUCCCAGUAUCCUGAUCCCAGUAGAAGGCUGGAUUCAGGGUGGACUUCAGGAACAAAAAGUUAUAAAACUUUUAAAUUGGUCAAAUAUAUAUACAUUUAGUUAGAUUUUGCACUUGAAUUGUUUGACAGUUACUAUGAUACAGUAGAUAAAUAGAUAAACAUUAGACUACCUUUAAUGCUUUAUAGUAAAGUAAAAAAGGAUGUCUCCAUAAAAUAAUCCCCCUAUUAGCUGUCAAAAUCAAACACAAAAUAUUUAGAGGCAUAAUCUCAAAGAUCUCUGUUUCUGUCUACAUUGUGAUAUGUAGUCCCAGUUUACUAUUUGAUAUGGUAAUCAAAAGUUUGGAUCAGGGUGCUCCAGUCCAGUGUUGCUUUAGGUAGGGUUGCAACUAAGGUAUACCAUGAUGUAAAAGUUGACGGUUAUCAUACCAUGUACAUUUCCUUAUCCAUGAUAUUGUAUUUAAAAAAAAAACCGCAAAGGGACAUUGAAUUUCCCUUCUAUUGUAGUUGUUUUCUUAGGGGAGACUUCUUACACACUUCCAUUAACAAGAUAGUUUAAUUUUCUUUUAGGGUCAUUCUGACUGAUAAUAACAUAAAUUCUGUAAUACCAUGAUACCGUGAAGCCGCAAUAUUUUCUGAGAUGGUUAUCGGACUGUGAAAAUCUCAUACCGUUACAACUUUAAUGAGCACAAAUGUAUAAUGGAUUAGCUGAUCCUGAAAAGGCAAAAACGAGAUUUGACAAUGGAUCAUUCUCAUCCAGAUGGACAUUUUUUUGAACAACUGGGCCCAGAUGUUUUGUUUUGGUUUUUUUUUUUUACUGGAGAUUAAAUGCAGUCUUGUUGUUGGACUGUGAGUAAGACAGUAAUGUCACAGUGUUCCUUCUAUGACAAAACCAUAUAUUAGCCUUAGGGUAUGAUUUUGUUUAUAAGCUAGUCUAUGACAAUGUUACUUUAUGUUUUAAUUUUUAAAAAAAUGAUAAUGAUAUUGUCAGUUUAUUUUUCUUUGAUCAUAUGAUAACUCUGUUUCUACUGUGGCUCUUCUGAGUGUUCAUGACAAUAGACAAGCUCAUAACAUACAUUAGCAAAACAGGUAGCUACCAGAAGCUAGCCUGGGUGUCAGACUUUUCAAUAUAUUCAAUAUAUACCCUUGCUUCUGUUUUGUUUUUCUGCAGGGAAUCUGUAAAAUACUAAAUGUUUGUCCAAUUUAUUUCAUAUUUUACCCACACAACCAUUUGCAUAAACCCCAAACUUGGUCCAUUUAUUCAUUAUCAUUCAUCCCUGCAGUGCUGAGUUCCACCUACUUGGGUCAUAACUUAACACUUUUGUCUCAAUAUUCUUUCCCAGGACAAUAAUACUAUACACUGUACAGUGAUGUAUUACAAUUUAUGUAAGAAUCAUAAAUGAAGUUACGUGCUUUUUGUUAAUGCAACAUUAUUUUGAUUUAUAAAAAUGGUGGAAUUUUCUUUCAAAUUAUUUAAGUGGAAUACAUUGGUAAAAAUGUUAUGUGUCUGACUUUGUCUUCAAAAUAAUAGUUUUGCUGUCCAAUUUUAUUUGGAUAACAAAGUGUGUGCAUUUAUUGACACAGUAGAAUCCUUCAAUAUUUGCAAAGUGACCAUUGUUGAAUAUCAUCACUCCAUUAUACCCUAUACUGCUGAAGAAGACAAAGUGAUGUUUUAAAAAAAAAAGAUAUUUUUUUAUGGUGACAUUCAAACGCACUGCUUAAUUUGUCAUGGAGUUUUGGAGUUGAUGGUGAUGAAAUGUUUCUCUGUGGCAGUGCAUCUUAGAGGAAGACCAGUGCUGUUUAAAAAUACAUAUUUCCCAUACAGUAGGUAACCAUGGAGUAGCAUGUCUUUAUAUUUUUGAAUAAGCUGUAUGUAGCUGAAACUGUAUUUUAGCAGUGUAUCAUAGUGAUAUGAAAAAAAUAAAAAGCCACUUUUAGAUGAUUUUGAAAUAAAAUAAAAGUAUACUUUAUUUGUAAA